UUGACCCAAACAACCCCAAUUCCCAAAAGCCUCCUCUCUAGACCCUCUACGGAAACAGAGAAAAAAUGGAUGCCAGAAAAAUAGUGGUGGUAGUAGAAGACGUCGACGUAGCACGAAAAGCUCUCGAAUGGACUCUUCACAAUCUUCUCCGCUAUGGCGAUUUACUCACUCUCCUUCAUGUUUUCUCUCCCGCUAGAUCCGGAAACAAGAAGAAGAUAAGGUUUCUCCGCUUGAAAGGCUAUGACCUUGCUCUCUCAUUCAAAGACAUCUGCAACGCCGCGUUCCUCAAUACUAAUGUUGAGAUUGUCGUGGCGGAAGGCGAUGAGGAAGGAAGGAAGAUUGCCGCGUUGGUGAGGGAAAUUGGCGCCUCUGUUCUUGUUGUUGGUCUCCAUGAUAAUAGCUUCCUUUACAGGUUGGCAAUGGCCCACAAUGAUAUAGCAAACCACUUCAAUUGUAGGGUACUUGCCAUCAAGCAACCAACAUCAGCACCAGUAGAGACCGCAACCCCGGUAACACUAGACAGUUCAACAAACAUGGACUUUUCCCAGAUUGAGAUUUCCAGAUUACAGCUUCCAGAUGUUCCGGCACCCAAAAUUCCAUAUAGAAUAUGCCCAAAUCCUUCGGCAAUAAUUUGGAGGUCAAUGUCAAGGAAGUCACCAAGAAGAAAAAAAAGAUGUUUCUUAUUAAAUUUGAUUUCAAAUAAACAAUAGAUUGAGCUCAUUUUCAGAGUCUUUAUUUUUUUGUGCAUAU